AUGGCGUCCGCGCCAACCCCCCCUCCUCCGCCCCCUGGCGGCUUCGAAUCACCAAUCCCAGUCGAGGUCCAGGGCCAGACCGUCAUGAUUGUCACAUCGACCGUAGCCAUCUUGAUUCCUAUGCUGCUGGUCGGCCUGAGGUUCUAUGCCAAGAGAAUAGUCGGCAAGGGACACGAGUGGAGUGACUACUGUAUUGUGAUUGCGUUAUUUUUCAAUUUCGGUCUUCAGAUCACAGGCUGGCUGCUUGUUCUCAAAGGAGGGCUGGGCUUUCCUAUACUUGAUGUCAUGGAAAGAUUCGGACCUGAUGUUGCAAAGUUCUUCUAUCAGGCUCUCGUUGCCUACACCAUACUAUGGAACUUCACCACAUUGUUCGGAAAGCUGUCUAUGCUUCUGCUAUUCACAAGCAUCAUUCCCGUGCGGAACAUGGUCAUUCCGGCACGCGCGGCGAUGCUCUUUCUUGUCUUGGCCCACGGGACAUGGGUGAUCAUGCAGUUCGUCAUCUGUCGUCCUUUUGCCCGCAUCUAUGACAGUUCCAUUCCUGGCCAGUGCGACUCGCAGAAGCUGUACUACUUCCUGAUGGGACUGAUCAACAUCUUUCUGGAUGUGGUCAUCCUGGUCCUUCCCAUGCCCUUCAUCUAUAAGCUACGGCUGCCGUGGAGCAAGAAGGCCAUGCUCUUUGCCAUUUUUGCCGUCGGCUCGAUAACCUGCGCCAUCGCCAUCUACAGACAAGCCGUCCUCCCAGAGCUGACGUUUGAAGAUCUGACGGGCACCGGCCUCAUGGCCACCGUGUUCUCGGGCCUGGAGCCCGCCAUUGCCAUUGCGCUCGCGUGUGUCCCAUACCUGCGGCCCUUGUUCCCCAGGACCUCGUCUGCAGAGUACGGCAGCCAACAAUACGCGCUUCCUUACUCGUCACCGAGGAGGGCCGGGUCCGACAAGGCAUGGCCCGCCAAGCGCGGCGUGCCUGGUGGUGGGAUGGAUGACUGCGCGGAGACGGUCAGGGACACUUCGUCAGAGCUGCACUUGAAGAUGGUCGAGACGGAGCGGGGACGUGCGUUGACCACAAAGGAGAGCGGCGGGGCUAGAGAGGAUCAGGCUUCACGGUCCAGCAGCGGUGGCAUUUGGGUCACCAGGGUCAUUCGGAUCGAGAGGAAGUGGGAACAGGCGCCAAAGGUAUAA